GAUCGUGUCCAGAAGACGUUCCCGAAUCCCAUCGAUAAAUGGGCCAUGGGAGACGCUCAGGCUGCGAUAGAGAAGCGCAAGCGAAGGAACCCACUGCUGCUGCCAGUCGAUAAGAUACAUCCACUACUGAAGGAGGUGCUGGGUUAUAAGAUCGACUAUCAUGUGUGUCUGUAUAUUGUUGCUGUGCUGGAGUACAUCUCAGCCGACAUCCUCAAGCUGGCUGGAAACUACGUGAGCAACAUUCGACAUUACGAGAUCAGCCAGCAAGACAUCACUGUCUCCAUGUGUGCUGACAAG